CAUUACCCAUUGACCAAACGACCCCUAAUUUAGGGGCGUGGUCCAAAUUCAACAAAGCCCAAGUCAAAGAUAUAGAGGGCUGGGAGCCUGGGACUGGGAUGACCUAUUGUUUCCGCAUAAAAAAAUAAAAAUAAAAUAAACACUAAUGAACUUAAAAUAGAACUGGGCUGAAAGCCUAAAAACAUUUUAACUGGUGCACAGUGCCAAGCAUAUGGGCCAAUUGAUUGCAAAGAGAUGUGAUGGGAGAACGGGGUCCAGAAGCCCACCAUGGCAGCCAGCUGUUAGAUGGUACUUAUUGGGCCACCGAGCACGAAAAUACGGCUUAGACGCUCGAGCCUCGAAGUCUUUCUCCGCCCUACAAAAUACGCCUUAGAAGAUCACAUUUAUUAUUGGUGCAAAACGGGCGCACAAACAUGAAAUAUAUAAUAAGCAUAUAAUAAUAAUAAUUGACUUUGAAUCCAAUCAAGAAAUAUAUAAUACACAUUUUAAAAUAAUUUCCUCAAGAGUGUAAAUCCAUUUGAAAUUUUGGCCAUACCAUUGACCCGCCAGUCCGCCACUAGUUUACACACAUACGAAUCUUUCAAAUUCCAAACUUUGCACUUGAAUACAAAAGAAAAGCAUAAUGAAUAACAACACUUCCAAAAUAGAAAAUGUGAAUGAAGGGGUUGAUAUUUAAUUAUUUAUGGUGAUGGGGUCACAUGAAAAAAAAAAAAGUUGUGGGGGUAAAGUGGAAAAAAGAGCUGUCAAUUUCACGGCAUUCAUGGAGGAACAACAUUAUGGUGAGAGACUGAGAGGUGGUGGGUGUAAUUUUUUUUUCCACUUUAACCCUCACCUCACUUGUUCAUUUCCCUCCCCCACUUAGGGAUGGCAAUUUCGACCUGACCCGAGUCACCCGAUCUGUUUGACAUGUUUUGGGCGGGAAUGGGUACUUCUCAUCGACCCGACCUGCCCUGACUCGCCCCAUUCUCGACCCGUUCUGGCAUAAGUUACAUGUAAUCUUAGUCAAAUUGUUUAGGAUUUUCCUCUUAUUACAUCAUAUUUUAUGUAUAAUAAAGUUGUAAAUAAGUGAAAAACUCAAUUUCUCCAAUAAUUUACCUACAUUUUUAUCAAAUUAUGGUUUCUUUCUUGGUCUUUUAAUUAAAAUAACGAAUACUUCUAAUGUUUUCGCAUAAAUUAUAUACCCAAUGGGUCGACCUGCCCCGACCCGCGCCCCAUGAUAAAUUACCCGACCCAUACCCGACCUGCCACGGGCGGGAAUGGGUAUCGAGAUACCCGCCCCGGACCUGCCCAUUGCCAUUCCUACCCCACCUCCACUCCCAAAAACUUGUUUGAGGGGACUAUUCAUCUUUUAAUAAAUUUUCCUAAAAAAAAAAGAAGAAGAUAAUCAAACCAAAUAAAAACACAUGAGAAAACCAAUCUAAUACAUCAAUAAUUAGUUAUUUGUGUUUUGAUAAACAUACUACUCAUUAACAUCGAGGCCGAUUCGUUUGGUUUGUCAUUAUGAAAAAAAUUAUUUGAUGAAUCUUGAAAGGGCUGUAACUUGUAAGUAUGAAAAUGAAUAUGUCAAACCUCCAUCCUCAUAUAAAACAGCCAUUUAUAUACAAAUAUAUGAUAAAAUUCCAUUUUCAUAUUAAAAACAAUCAAGUCCUCGUACAAAAAGUGGUUCUGCGUGGAGUAAAUAAUUUUUUGGAAAACUCAUGACCAUUAAAAGAAAACUUUACCAUUGUCCUUCGAUGCUUCUGUGCUCCUAAUAACUCAUUUGUGUAGGACAAAUGAAUUAUAGAAGGAAGAUAAAAAUAAUUAUAACAUGAUUAUAAAUUAAUUAUGAUCUUGUUGAAGUUACCUCAAUUCUAUAAAGGAAUAAGAUUUCAAUAAUUAAUAUUUCUGUAUGAGCCUUUUACUCUAAUCGUGUCAUAACUCAUAGACACAUUUGCUCAAUAACGUUUAGUUAGCAUUAGAGAAGUUAGUAAUGGAUAUUUUAUGUUGAAAUUGUGAGUUAACUAUAGUUCAGCUGUUUUAUAUGACUAAAAUUAUUUGUCGAUUUUAGUUUCAGUAAAUGAUUGUUUUAAUUAGACCGCGUGUACAGUGUACUGUACGAUUUCAAAAAUACUUAUUACAAAGAUCCAUUAAUUACUUGGAUACUAUUAAUUUAACUCCAAUAAUGACGUUUAAUGAUAAGAACCAUAUUUUUUUUGUUAUAUCUAAUAAUAAGUAAACAAUUAAUUAAUUUUGAGGUAGUUAUGGUAGGAUAGGAACAUGUCCACGCAUGUCUUUGAAAUUAUAUAUAAGUAUAACCUUUGGCAUAUUCCAUUCCCAAUCUUCCAUUCGAAUAUUGAAAGAACUCAUUUGAAAAAUCAAAUCAUCACAUUUCCUUUCUACAAUUAUCGGGGUUAAUCAAUUGGAAAAGAAUAAUUUAUUGGAUUAGAGUAUUUAGGGAUGGCAACUUUGCCCAUACCCAUGAGUUUCUCCCUAAAUAAUAUUUUCUCCCUCCGUAUUUUGGACUUUUUUUAACUCACUUUCUGUUGCACUCACCUUCCUCAUAUUUCUACUAUUUGUUUGUAUUAAGUAUUAACACCCUUUUUACGGUAACUACUUGGCUAUUUCUGUAUCUUUGGUACUAUAAAUAUUCAAGAAGACUGAUUACGUACACAGAACAACAACACAUUACAACGUUUUUCAUGGUGUGAGGGUAAACAAUAAGCUUAAAAAUGAGUUAAGCUUCUUCUUGGCCUAUGUACUAGGGAUGGCAAAAAUAUCCGUAACCGUGGAUAUCCGUCCGAACCCGGCCUAAUCGGGUAGGGUAAAACCCGAACCCGAAGGACAUUUAGUGGGUACGGGUAAAACCCGAACCCGAAUAUUGCGGGUAAUGGGUGGGCAUGAGUUUCUCAGUAUCCAACCCGAACCCGCCCGAUUAUACACAUACAUAUGUAUUUUGUCUAGAAAGUCAUUAUUUUUCUCUAACAUAUUUUAUAUUUAGCAUAUAAAUAUAAUAUUUUCAUGAAAUUGUGUUGUUUUAAUUAAUUUUCUUCAUUCUAGUGAAUUAUUGUCAUACUUUUCCUCUUGCGUAAUGUGAGAAUACGUGUGAAUGUUAAUAUAUUAGUUGGAGUUAUGAAGAGAAAUCAUUACCCAUGGAUAACCGUGGAUACCCGAAACCCGAACGAGUAUGGGCAUGGUUUUAAUUUUCUACCCGUUUCAUAUGUGGUAUGGGUAAAACCCGAACUACUUUGGAUAGGGUAACGGAUAUGCACUAUCCGUCCCUGACCCGACCCAUUACCAUCCCUACUAUAUACUCAUCAACAUGACCAAUGAGAAUAUGACAGUGGAGAAGAAGCAGAGAGGAGUAGAGGACAAUUAGGGGGGGGGGGGGGGGGGGGGGGGGGCGUGACUUCAUAAUAAGCUGAGUGGAUCAGGAAGUGUAAGAACAAGAAGAUGCAAGAUAUAGUAGGAAAAUAGAGAAUUCUAGAGAAAUGAAGAAGAACUAAUUAUUUUGACGUUUAUUGUUGCUCUAAUACCUUCUGUUAAUAAGUUGGUUUCGCUGUAUUGUUCGUGAAUUUGGCCACUCACUCUCGUCUUCUCCUACUUUGUGGUGUGAUAAUCAAGACCCGACUUUUAGAAAUCAAAUUCCACUUUCCUAGAGAGCCAAACUCCAACAACGAGUUCAAUACCAUUGUCGAUCAACUCGUUAAUGUCUUUAUGAUCGGCAUCUCAUCUACCUCUUCACCAAUUAUAACCUUCACCUAGCUCUAAAAUUUAACUUACAAGGAGUGAUGCAGAUUUUUCUCGCAUCAUCCUCCAUGUAUACACAGACUCGUCUACAAAUACUAAUCUAUUAUUUUUGUCUUUUUGUACUUCAUAAUUAUACAACUACAUCACCUGAAGACAUAUUCAAGAAAUCUCUACCUACACAUUCAAAUAUCCCCUUGUACAAAGUCUUCAGCUACUUUUCAUUUUUGUCCAUCAAUACUUUACACAGGAUAUUCUUUGCUGCAAAAUUUGGCUAAUUAAUAACUAGGGUUAUAGAUAUAAUAUGCUCCUCUACUAUGGCGUUUUAUCAAACAUGCCCCUCUACUAUUUUUUACAUCAAAUAUAUCCAUGUACUUUGCAAAAAUGAUCAAACAUGCCCUUUUGUUAAAAUUUUCAUCCAAAAACCGUUAACCAAGGCCGAACUUUAGUUUGGGCAACACAAAUGACUAAAAUAUCCCUAAUAAAUUCACUUUAGAAAUUUUUUGGUUCUUUUGUAUAAUCAAAUCAUUCAAAUAAUUUCACUUUGAAAAGACCUAGAGAAAUAAAACAGGGGACAAAACUGACAUUUUCCCUCCCAUUUGCCGAUGUCGGGUCGUCUAAAUCUCAAUUCAACCAUGAUUGACGAUUUUUUCAAUGGAAAUUUUAACAUAAGGGCAUGUUUGAUAAUUGUUUCAAAGUACAGGGGCAUAUUUGAUGUAAAAAAUAGUAGAGGAGCAUGUUUGAUAAAAUGUCAUAGUAGAGGGGCAUAUUAUACCUAUAACCCUAAUAACUAAGAAGCUACUAAACUCAAUGAUUUGUUCUUAAGUAACGUCCAAAUUACCCUCCAAGACUCCAAAGGAAAUCAAAUUACUCGUCCCCACCACCCCUUAUACCCAAAAAUGUGUUGGGCAAGAGAAAAUGAGAGAGCUUAAUCGUGUCAUCGAAUAUGAAAAAAGUGAGAAGGGACAAAAUUAUGCAAGAAAAUAAUAUUCUAGUUGAAAAUGGGGUAGGAAACUGAAAAUGGCCCCUUAAACGACCAAAGGUGACAUUCCACCCAACAUCAACCAAAGACCCCAAAUCAUUGUUCAUCAUUUCCUUUUCUUCUUAUGUUAAAAGAAAGGGAAAGCGAUAAGUGGCUCUCUUUUCUUAUUAAUAUAUUACAUAUAUACAUGUUUUAUAUUAUUGAAAUGCUAGAAAAAUGACAUUUUUGGUUGCUCUCCAACUCCACCAAUCCAAAUUUUAAUAUCUAUAAAUUUACAUUGAUAUAAAAUUAUUACUGUAUUUAGUUUAUGUUCAUUACAUCAAGUGUAUCUUAAAUGGAUACAAUACACUUUCUAUAGAAAUGGGUGUUCAGAUAAGUAAAAAAAAGAAAAAGAAAGAGAAGAAGUGAGUGUUUAGAGAACUUUUCAACCUAUUUUUGAUAAUAUCUGGAUUUGAAUCUCUGUAUGAUCAAAUCUACUUGUUAAAUAUGAUUCAUUUCCCACUCAUUCACCCACAUAAAAGAAAAAACAACUGAUAAUUAAGAAUAAAAGAGCUACAUGACGCCAGGGAAAUAUGUUCUCACAUACAAAGUGAAUGUAUUAGAGAAUCUAAAUAAAAAAACUAUAAAAUUUGAUUACUCAAUAAGCAUAUUCGAAUUUGACUUGUCGAUUAUUUGUUACAAGGAACCGAAUUGAUUCGAUCAUAAAAGAAACUUAUUUCACUCAUAAAAAAAUGUUUAUUGGUCAACCCUAAGACAUAAGAAGUUGCGGCUUGUGAUAGUGAUUUUGUGAUUGUGGAAAUUAAUCUUCACUCGAAUUCAAAAUUUGAAAUUAGAUUCAUAAAAAAAUUGAAAUUAGUGAUUGUUUCAAAAGAAAAACGAAUAGCGAUCUAACCGACCGAACCAAUGAAAGACCUCGGCCCAACCCAAAAACCGAAGAGCGGGCCCGCAGUUUUCAAAGUAGGUAUCCGGCAAGAAAGACCCGGCACCAUCUCCAGUUUCCACCUUUAGCUUCAGUUUUACAGCAAAAAUAAUACUCUCUCCCUCCCGCCCGAAGAACAUCUACAAGCGAAGUCACAGGACAGAAGGAAAUUAGAAAAGCAGAGAGAGUACAAAGGAAGAGCGAGAGAGCAUGCAAUUGCAAACCCUCCUUCUCCCCCUUCUCAGCCAUGUCUCUCCCACUUUUGACCCUCUCUCUUCUUCUCUCAAUUCAAGUCUCCUCAUCCCCUCUCUCUCACCUCCUCCACCUCCGCCACACUUGUUGACUUCCCAUCAUGAUCAUGGCGGAAUCACCAGAAUCACCGUUACCGGGAGCCGGCGGAGUUGGAGCUACAGAGGAGGAAGCUCCGGCGGCGCCUUACGUGGAGAAAGUUCUCGACUUUCUGCGCAGGAGUGGGCUGAAAGAGGUCGAAUUGGCUCUUAAGGAGGAUAUCAUCGAGAAAAACAAAUUGGGUUGUGUCGAUUUCGAGAAAUUCUUGUUCGACCUACCUCCGGUGAGGAUUCCGCCGGCCGCUUUCCAGCAGUCGGAGGCGGGGGAAGAAGACUUAUCCGCCGGCGGCCGUGCUCCUCGUGAUGGGUCGAAUUCUGGGUUUAGCUCCGAUGAUGACUUCGUCAGCUUGGGAUCUUCCACCAGUGGUCUCUGCUCUUCAGAAUUCACUAAUCCGUAUGGACUCCGGUCAGGAUCGCAGCGAGAUUCGGACACUUCCUCGGACAGAAUGUCCCAGUUUGGCACUGCUCGCGACUACCCUGAUUUCGGUAUGCAGAAUGAUCUCUUCUGGUACGAUGGCAGAGGUGAUGGUAGAGGUGAAGGCUCGUUCAACGAUCCGCGCCUGGCCAACUUCGUAGGUGUGAGCGAGGAUAAGUUUGUAAUGACAUCUGGAGCAGAGCGGCAGGUUGAGGAGGACACAGUUGGACAGUAUGACAAAUCUGAAGGGUUUGAGACUGAGGCAAGCGUUGACUUCUUGGACAAACCAUGUCUUUUCGAUGCCACAUCAACUGCGAAAAAAGAUGCUAACAUGGCUAGAUCCACGGUUGAACAGGAUGGUUGUUUGGGGUUACUUUGCAAGUGUUGUGGUGGUGCGCGUGGUGGAAGGGUUUAUGAGAAAGAACCUGUUGAUUAUUUGUACUUAGGAUCCAAGGAAACCGAUGGCUUGAAUUGGUUAGAGCCAAAAGCAGGGGAUUUUGUCAAUGAAAUUAGGGAAGAAGAUUGUGGAAAUGAAGGGAUUAAAGAUCGUGAAGGUGAUUUUGAUCAACUGGUUCCAUUCGGAGUGGAUUAUGAUGAGCUAGGGCGUGAUGAAGUGAGUGAAGCACAAAAUGAAUCACACCAUGAAGUUCUGCCUUCUAAUGAGAGGGAGGAUGCAAUCGAUGGUGAACUUGUCUUGUAUGAAAAUGAUGUUGACGAGUGUGAAGUAUUUGAACUGCGAAUCAUACACCGGAAGAACAGGACAGGAUUUGAGGAAAACAAGGACCUGCCAAUUGUAAAUAACACAGUAAUAGGAGGCAGGUAUUAUAUAACGGAGUACCUAGGUUCAGCCGCUUUCAGCAAAGUUGUGCAAGCACAAGAUCUUCACACGGGGGUAGAUGUCUGCCUCAAGAUCAUUAAGAAUGAUAAGGACUUCUUCGAUCAAAGUUUAGAUGAGAUCAAGCUUCUUAAGCUUGUGAACAAGAAUGAUCCGAAUGACGAGAAUCACAUAUUACGCCUCUAUGAUUACUUUUAUCAUCAGGAGCAUCUCUUCAUUGUUUGCGAGCUCCUACGAGCUAACUUGUACGAGUUUCAGAAGUUCAAUCAAGAAUCAGGUGCCGAACCUUACUUCACUUUAAGCAGGCUGCAGAUAAUAACCCGGCAGUGUCUGGAGGCGCUUGAGUAUUUGCACCGCCUGGGGAUCAUCCACUGUGAUCUGAAGCCAGAGAACAUUCUGAUAAAGAGUUACAGCAGGUGUGAGAUCAAGGUCAUUGAUCUAGGUAGCAGCUGCUUUAAGACGGACACCUUGUGCUUAUACGUGCAGUCUCGUUCGUACCGUGCCCCUGAAGUCAUGCUAGGCCAUCCAUACAACGAAAAGAUCGAUAUAUGGUCUCUCGGCUGCAUCUUGGCCGAGCUAUGCUCUGGUGAGGUGCUGUUUCCGAAUGAUUCAGUAGUGAUGAUCCUGGCUCGGAUGGUGGGGGUUCUUGGUCCUUUCGACAUUGAAAUACUGGAGAACGGCCAGGAGACGGACAAAUACUUUACAAAGGAGCAUGACCUUUAUCAUAUUAACGAGGAGACGGACCAAAUGGAGUACAUAAUCCCGGAGGAGACCACAUUGGAGCAUCAAUUGGGAACUUCCGACGAGGUAUUUCUAGACUUCCUGAGGAGCUUGCUGGAGAUCAAUCCUUGGCGACGGCCAACUGCGAGGGAAGCCCUUCAACAUCCUUGGCUCUCUCAUUCAUACCACCACAGCCACCACUCUUCUACUUGAAGUUACUGACAAAAAGAUCCUUUUUUUUUGUGUGAAUCUUUGAUCGUUGACCACGAGAUCGAUGGACUUGUAUUGUGUUAUGUGUACAGAAAGUUGCGCGGCCUCCUUUUUCUGCUUCUCAUGAUCGAUCUCCCAUUGUUUUCAGAACCCAGAAAAGAUGGCAAUAACAUGUAUGUUGGAGUCAAGACCUAAGCUCUCAUGAAAUGUUUUGACAAAUGACAAUAAUUAAACUAUAGGCUGGAGUUCGUGGGGCCGCCAUGUGACAUGUCUGUAACGUUAGGAAAGGCAAGAGAGAGAGAGAGUCCGUGGGGGUUCCCAGCUCAGUUCUUGAAUGUGCUGUGGCUGUGAGGCAGGGGAAAGGGAAUUUGCUUUUCUUUCUCGAGUUAAUGGAGGAACUAGAUGAUUGUAGCGUCGAAUUUUGAAUUUAGUAUUAGAAUGGUAAUCAUAGACUAACAACACUUCAAUUUCAAUAUAAGAAACACUCAGGU